AUGUGUCCGCGAUACAAGCCCAGCAACGUGACGCCGAUCCCUGACGGCUCUGAUCCGUCUGCGUGCCCGCGCAGCAUCCUGGGCGUGUAUGACGACCGGGACUUCGGCUGGUGCGUUGCCCCUUCACGCCCUUCCCCACUCACACUCCUCACUCACACUCCUCACCUGCAUUCCUCUCUCACACUCUCUCACUUUCCCUUAGCCGCUAGGGCGCACGGGUACAAGCGGCUGAUGCACAAGGACCCGCUCAAGACGGUUUUCCUUGACGCCCUGGGCGCGCCCAAAGAGGACCCGCGGCGCGACCGAGGGGAUGGCAUUCAGGCCGUGUACCACCUGAACGAGGCGCUGCCAGGUCAGCAGAUAGACGUGUUCCUAUUGGACGAGAGGUACUACCGGGAGAACCUGCCAUGCCACGUGCGCCGCGAUUUCUGCUCCUCCGUGAUGGACCUUGGCAAGCCACACAGCUGGCGCUCGUGGUGCGGGGACUUUCUAGGCCGGGAGGUGCCUCGGAAUCGGUGGUCGUGCUGUGACAAGGACGAGAAACUCUUCCAAGCGUGGUGCGGGCACGAGGUGCACCGCAACCACUCCCUAUGGGAGGAGGCGUGCAGUCCAGCGCACGAUGCAUUCGGGUCGCAAAAGAUCAGCGUGCGCAAGAAGGGCAAGGACCCUGCUCUCUGGGACAUAUACAUCGAGGAGCAGCCGGAGCCGCAUAAUUCCCAGUACUGUGAGGUGCUGGGGCGGCAGCAGCGCCUGUGGCUGCAGGACGAGGUGCAUGAUUCGAAUGCGCCGAUCAAGAUCAUUGUGUCGCCCUCGCCGCUCUUCACGAAUCCGAUGCCGCAGCCCUGCUCGCCGUUCCCGAAGCAGCUCUCCACUGCUGCCACGCUUACCGGGCCGUAUGGGUCCGAGCCUCCUGAUGAACCGGAUUUUGCAGGCUCGGCAGCAGCAGCAGCAGCACCUUCUGGUGCCAAUGGUUUGGUUUCCGAGCCUCCUUCUACGUCCGUUCCGCCUGUGGCGCCGGUUACGGAGGACCCAGUUACCAACGUAACACAGUGCACGUGCUCGGGGGACGACUGGGAGUGUUACAAGCCGGCACAGCUGCACUUUCUGGAGAUGCUCUCGCGGGUGGAAAAAGGGUGUGUGGUGCUGCUGACAGGCGACAUGGGGUACUCAGACAUCAAGGUGUUCCGGCCGGGGCCAGGGCGGGCAUACACGGAUCUCUACCGCAGCUCACAGCAUUAUCGCCCCAUCUACCAGGUCAUGGCAAGCGGAUUGACAAGGAGGCCACGAAUAGACACGUCCUGCAAUCCAGGCAACGCGUGGACGCAUGACCCUCUCAAGAUGCGGCACCCCUCUGAGUGCUCCAUUGCCCCCGCCCCCUCCUUUGGCAUGGUGGAGGUGAGUGCUGCCGGGUACGCAAGCGCUGUUCUUCCGCCUGCAUGGCUUCCGCCCAGUGGCGCGCCUACUGGGAGCGGCGGGAUUUUCCGCCGAGAGUACAGUUUGCGGGACUUAGAGGUCCGGGGGCGGCGGGGAUUGGCGAGUGCUGCGGAAGCUGCGCCAGCGGCGGAUGCGAACGAGGUGGCGCGGAUGGCGGAAGCUUCCGCGGAACGUGCGCCAGAGGCUGCGGCGGGGGAGAGAGACUUGGAGAAACACGGGGCGCAGACGCGCGCAGAGGGCGGUGGGCGGAAAGGGGGGGGCAAAGGCGGGGGAAGCGGGUGGUGGGAGGCGGAGGAGAGGCGGAGGCAGAAGCGCGUGCCAGCGUGGGUGUUCGGGGAGUUCGAGCAUCCCAUCCGACGUGGCGGCCUGCCGUUGCACGCGUGGAUCGCGUUCAAGGUUCUCAAAGAUGCCGGCCUGGAACCCUACCUGGUGGGCGGCGCAGUGCGCGACCUCUUUUUGGGGCGCAUUCCCAAGGACGUGGACAUCAUAGUGGACGCGUCACCCGCCCACGUGGCACGUGUGUUCCGUGAGCGCAAGUUCCGCCCCGUCGUGAUUGGCCGCCGCUUUCCCAUCUGCCGAGUCUUCCUAAAAAACGCCGUCGUGGACAUUUCCAGUUUCGACAGUGAGCCAACCGCGGUGAUUUCCCCUGCUGUGUCCUCAAAAGACGAUGCACUCCUGGCAGCACCGGCCGCUCAGCCCCCCUCUGUUUUAGAACCAGAACAGCUUGCAGCAGCAGCAACAACAGCAGGGGAAGACGGGAGCACAGAUGGGAGCACCACCAGGGCUGCAAACGGGGCACAGGAAGCAGGGGGGUUGGAAGGGAGGGAGCGCUGGGAGGAGGUAGAUCUAGUGAAGGUUUUAUCUGUGGAGUCAGAUGGAUGGGCAGAAGAGGAAGGGGAGGAGGGGGAAGGGUUGAGGGCAGAAGGGGGUGCAGCAGAAGCAGCGCAGGAGGGGUUGGGCGAGGAGCGGGAUCCUGCUGCUGCUGCACGUGCUGCUGCUGAUGUUAGGAUUGCUGGGGCUGCUGCAGCAGCAGGUAUUGAUGGUGCCGCUGCGGAUCCCGGAACCACCACUGGUGGUGCUGCUGCUGUUGCUGCUGAUGAGGGCACUAAAGCUGGCGGCGCUGCAGCAGCGGAGGUGGAGGCUUUGUGUCAAAAGGAGUCGGAUGGGGUUCAGGUGGACUGGAGGAGCACGGCAGUGCGGCCAGCGGUGCAGCGGCAUGCGUACGUGUGGUCGGAGGGGGACGAGCGGCGGUGGCGUAACUCCAUGAAGCGCGACCUCACUGUCAAUGCCCUGUUCUUCGACCCGCAUCGGCACAUGCUCUUUGACUAUGUGGGGGGCACCCGUGACCUCUACAAGCAGACCGUGCGAGUCAUUGGAGACACGCGAGCCAGCUUCCAGGAGGACCCUGCGCGGUGUGUGAGGGCCAUUCGCCUGGCAGCACGUCUGGGCUUCCGUCUGAGCACGGGGGCGAGCCGAGCUCUCAAGGCGCCCUCCACCCUGCCCGCUGUCGCCACUCUACCUCAGUCUCGCCUGCAAAUGGAGCUGGUGCAGUUGAUGUCCCACGGCGCAUCUGAGCCGUCCAUUCGCUUGCUCUGGCAGUUCAACCUGCUCCCUCUGCUGCUGCCGUUACAGGCGCAGUACCUGCGGGCAAAGAAGUUCUCUCAGAAGGCAAUGACAGACCGACCCGACCUCAUGUUUAUCCUUGCACUCUUCCCUCACCCUCCCGCCUCCCGUUCUCUCCCAUUCCUCACCCUCCUAGCUCCCAUUCCUCAUCCUCCGAAUUUCCUUCCCCUGCUGGCCUGUGCUGCCCUGCCUGCUUCCUUGGCGUUCCUGCAGGACUUGUUACACGAGCUGGACGCACUAGUGCAACCAGACAACCCAUGCCACCCAUCCACGUGGCUCUCCCUCCUCGCGCUCCACCUGGCGGCCUCUGAGUUGCCGAACCACCUCCGUCCUCUCGCCCUCCUGACAGCUGUCCUUGCCGCCCACCCCUCCUGUCCGUCCGCUCGGAUUGCGGCACGUGUCGCCAUCUCCUUUGCCCAGUCCUCCCAUCCAAACCUGUGCCAGAGGCUCGGUAUUCAGGGUCUGACCUGGUCGGCUGGGGAGACGCCGAGCCUGACUGGUGAAGGCUUGAGGGAGAAAGAAGGUAGGAUUGGGCCAAAGCAACAGGACGGACAGAUAGGAGAAAGCAUUUAUGAUGGAAGCAUUGGAGGAGAAGAGGAAGCGGGAGGAGGGCAGUGGGCAACAGAGGGAAGCAAGGGGAUGGAAGAAGAAGGUUGGGAGGGAUUUAGGGAGGUGGAGUGGGGAGGAGAGGAGGGGAUGGAGGGGGUGGGGAGAGGGGAUGUGGCGAGGGUGGUGAGGGGGGCUGUGGGGGCUCUGAGGGCGAGGAGGGAGGCGGUACUGCAGGAGCUGGCAGUGGUGGAGGGGCAGCUGGGGGAGGUGGUAUCUGAGAUGAUGCUCCGAGGGGGGGGGAUUGGCAGGUUCGCUGCUAGACUUGAGGGGGCAGGAGAGGGGGGAGGGGAGGGGAAAUGGGAGGGGGAUGGGGAGAAGGGGGAGACACAGGAGCGUAGGCAAUCGAUUGAAAAUCUGAGGUUACUUCUUUCAAAAGAGGGAGGUAGAGGAGAGGCAGAGGGGGGAGGCGGGGCAGCAGGGCAGGUGUUAACGCCUGACUUGGCAUCAGCAGUGGCUGAGAGCCUGGGAAGAGUGCGGGCGUGGGGGCAGCAGUGGAGAGAGGAGCAGCAGAUGCUGAGUGAUGUGGGCCAGUUGCUGGUCGCACUGGAGGGCACGGGAGGGAUGAGCGGAAUGGGGGAAGUGAGGACGGAUUGGGGGAGAGGAGGAGGUAUGGGAGAGGAUGGAUGCGAGGGGGAUGAGGGGAAGGCGGGGGAGGGUAGGGGGGGUGAAUCUGUGGUGGUAGGAACAAAGGAAGGCUCUAGUGGUGAUGGUGUGAGUGAUGGUGGUGAGUGUGACAGUAGCGAAGGGGAAGAAGGGGUGGUGUCUGCUUCUGAUGCUGCGGCUGAAGCGCAUGGCAGUGGCAGGCAGCAGAUAGCAAGAAAGAAGAAGCAGGCGUGGAGGCCUACCACAGAGGAAGAUAUUAUCCGGGCGGCAUCUCUUCUAGCAGUGAGGGCAUCACAGCAUGUGCACCACAUGGUGGAUGACAGGCUGCUCUCAGCAACACUGCACGACCUCACUGGCUUGGAGCGCCAUGACAAUGUGUUCAUACAGUACAAGGUGGCGCAAUCCACUCAUCAGCUUUUCCACGAGAUCAUAUGCAAGUCGGAGGUCAAUGAGGACGACCACGCGCUAUUGCACUUGAAGUCCAAGUCACUCCAAGUCCUUUCGGACGGUCUUGGAGGCAGUGGAGAUGAUCCCCGUGAUGUAGAGCAAGUGAAGGAGCUGCUUUCUCCGUUGAAGCCGGAGCAGUUUAGUAGCAUCAAGUUUGAUUUGAAUGAGGUGGCCUCCAUUCUGGACGCCUUCCGCAAGGCCUUGGAUUCCCCGCUCCCCCCCAGUCAUCUGGCGCUGCCAACCCUAGCGGAAGCGCUGCAGCUGGGGGGGAGUGGGGGGAGCGGUGCGGGAACCGGCAGCGCAGCCGCGGGGACGACCUUGCCGAAGGAAGGCAAGCUGACAGCGGAGCAGAACCAGCUGCUGGAGAUCGGCCUGCGGUCGCUGCUGCAGAGCCUCGUGGAGAGUGCGGCAGCACAGGGCGUGUCAGUGCUGAGUUACAGCCCCACAGGCCCGCCUGGUGUGCCAGGCAGCUCAGCCGCCGUCAUUCGCCUUCUCGACGUGGUGCUGCAUCUGUGCGAGGCGGGGCGCAUGGAGGGAGGGGUGGUGUUCCAGCUGUUGGAGGACCUCAUGGACCAGUCGCCCAUCGCCCACUGCCACCUCGUCUUCUCCUACAUCGAGUCAAAGCAGCACGUGCUCGCCAAGGAGCACAUCUUACAGAGAGGCAAGCUGGUGCUGCUGCGAGCGUGCAACCAGCUCGUGCGACGGCUGUCUAAGGCGAACGAUCUGGUGUUCUGUGGGCGGGUGCUCAUGUUCCUCGCUUACUUCUUCCCCAUCGCUGAGAAAUCAGCGGUGAACAUCAAGGGCGCGUUCAACACGUCGAAUAAGACCGACUACGCUCGAGAGCCCCCCCAAGAUGGAGGCCCUCUCCUGGAAUUCACGUUCUACACCACCUUCUGGAGCUUGCAGGAGUAUUUCAGCAUCCCGGCUGUAGCACUACCCAAGUGGGCCGUAUUCUCGUCACACCUGCGCACCGUUCUUGACACCUUCGAAGCCCAGCCCCUGGGCACUGACGCUGAUCCAGGGGCAGAGGCAGGGACGGGCGCAGGGGAUGAGGCAGGCGCAGGGGCAGGCGAGGAAGGAGGAGCAGACGGAGCAGGUUUAGGGGCAGGAGGGGCCAGGGAGGGAGGAGAGCGGGGAGCAGGGGGAGCAGGGGGAGCAGGGGGAGCAGGGGGGGUGGGGGAGGCGGUGGGGGAGAUGCUAGGGGCGUACAGCAUGAAGUAUCUGACGAGCACAAGCCUGCUGCAGUUGGAGCUAAGGGAUGGCAGCUUCCGACGCCAGUUCCUUGUGCAGUGCCUCAUCCUGCUAGAGUAUCUUAUGAUUCCAGGGAAGGCAGAGAAGGAUGAGAAGCGAGAAGCCAUGAGGGCGGAGGCCAGGGAGUUUGAGGCACGAGUGAAGAAGCUUUUGAGAAGGUUACCGCCGGGCGGCGAGGACUUUCUGACGUCUGUGGAGCAUGUGAUGCGGCGGGAGAAGCACUGGGUGGCGUGGAAGAAGGAGGUGUGUCCGCCGUUCGACCGGCCCCCAGCUGACCUCACUCCCCGCCGGGACCCAACCCCCAAAAGGCCGCGCUACCUGAUGGGAAACAAGGAGCUGGACCGGCUCUUUCGAUGGGCUGACAAGCACCCUGACGCCUUGCCAGACCCAGAGCAGGUGGCAGUGCCGGCGUUUCGAGACUUUAUUCAACCGCUAGCUGAUGAUAUGGACCCCGAGAAUUGCAUAGAGGCGGAGUACCACCGGACGAAUGACAAGGUCUUCUGCUGGAGGGCCUUGCGCCUCGCUGCACGGUCCGACAUCGAGGCCUUCAACAGGUUUGGCGAUCUGGGCAUGGAGGGGGUGGUACCACCAGACAUGCUACCAGAUGAGGUGCGGGUGAGGCUGCACAAGAGCAAGCCCAAGAAGGACUCCCACGGCGAUAGAGACGCGGCCAAAGAUGCCAGUAAAGGGUCUGCUAAUAAAGAGGCUGCGGCCGAUGCAGGGAAGGAGUCUGUAGCUGGUAGCGCCCUGCCUGCUGCACCAAAUGCAGCUACUCCUGCCACUCCUCCGCAAGCCCCCCCUGCUGCUGCUGCUGCUGCUGCUGCUGCUGCUGCUGCUGCUGCUGCUGCUGUGGGUGCUACAGCUGCCGCCGAUGCUCCGUCCACGCCUGUAACGCCUGCUACAGCCACUGGGACUCCACUUGCUGCUGCUAAGGGCCUGAGUGGUUCGGCUGGCAAGAAGACUGGUCCGGCUGUAGCGGCAGGUGGGGGGGAUGGGAAGGGGGAGGGAGGGGGCGAUGGGGAAGGCACACCCAGCGCAAAGGGGUUUGUGUUUGAUCUCAACAUGGACGCUCCAGAUGGCUCCCCUGCUGCCGCUGCUGCUGCGGGCGCGAGAUCAACGCCUGGGAGUGCUGGUGGUGGUGGGUCGGGGAGAAAAGGGCGUGGAGGGGAGAUCUUUCAAGAGUCUACGGAGGCGUUUGUUCUCCGAUUUCCACGUACCCUCACCUGCUGA